AGAAUUCCAAAAAUCCACCUUUCCUUGGAAUUUCAACCUCCCUGCAACACUCUCUUCCUGUGGAGAGCAAUGCAGCAAGUGUCUGCAACUUCUACAGUGUCUCUGCUCCAGCCAACAGUUCACCAUGGCUCCUGCCAUCAGCCUCUGGCACCUCUUUCCAACCUCUCAUGGGUGGUGCCUACUUUUACCAACAUUCUAGCACAACCAUGUUGUCUGGAGUUCCUGGCCAGAGCCCAAUCUCCAUUCCAGCUGCUUCCAAUCCUAAAGUUUUUGAGUGGGCUCUUACAGGAGACACUGAAAAGAAGUCAUCACCACUCAGAAAAUUCACUGUGACUGUCAUUGACCAGGACACAACUGUCUCCUCUAUGUCUCUGGCAUCCCAGGGUGAUGAAAACUCAGAUGCCUAUAAUAUGGCCCCUCAGUAUCCAUCACUUUCUGUCAACCUUGUUCAGGGGGCACCAAUUCAGGGACAGGGCCUGUCACAUCCCUACCAGGUGGGAAAUCUUGUGUGUGACUACAAUCAAGGCACAAUGGACCCUCUGCUCUGUGGAGAGGGUGGUCCCUACCUGCAGUCCUAUGGCUCUGUGUCUUACACAGAGAGCAGGGCCUCUGCCCCUGACCCAGGGAUGGUCAUGGUGCUAAAGGAGACUCAGUCCACAAACAUGAUACCACCAGCCUCCACUUCUGGAAUCUGCUACUCUGUGCCUCCUCAACCCAUCACAAAGACAGGUUUUCAAGUGAUGGAGACUUCCCUGGGGAUGGAGACUUCCUUGGCAUUGCAACUUCCAGGCCAAAUAUUUUAUUUACCACCUACUCCAGAAUUCCCCGAGGCCUGCAGUAACAGACAUUCCCAGGUACUUGAGAGUUAUCCACCACCUCAGAGUGGGGACAUUUCAAUGGCACCCAUAGUCCAGAAUCCCAUUGACCUCCUGGCACUGCCUCCAGCUCCAAGCCAGGAACAGAAAGAGAAUAAGAAUGUGGAGAAUAUUAAAACCAAGCUUUCCAAGCACGGGAAUGGGUACCAGAUCCCAACAGAAAACGAAGCUUCUCCACUGCUCCCUUUAGAAGUGCCUGACAUUCCACAGGUGCUGGCCUGCAUUGGUCCCCUCGGCCAAGAGGAGCAGCCUGGUUGUGACAACUCUGGUUUGGGAAAGAAUAGCCUGAGUCUUAAGGACCAAGGGACACUUGAAAAUGGGACUGAAUCUAAUGACAGUUUUGCAGACAUCGACACACUGGUGAAGGGUAUUCACCUUCCACGGGUCUUAAGUUCCUUGGAUGACCUUGAUCAGGCCCAAGGACCCAAGGUGAUCAAAACCAAAGACACCAGGGGCCUCAAGUUGCACGAAGUGCAGAAAAAGUCAAGUGUCAGAAAGACUCGCUCUGAUCAAGGCAGCAAGAUCAAACAUAAAGCCUCUGAGCCUAUCAGUGAUGCUCCCAAGACCAAGAUCAAGCCCGAGAGCCCAGAUUGUGUGUUUGUGGAAGAAGUGGUUCCUUGCAAUGCUGCAGCUGGUGGCAGGGCUCCUUCGAACAUGGCCAAGCAUUCUAACAGCAAACCUCAGAAAGCUGCAGCCAGCAGGACCAGCAAUACUAAGAGCCAUGGGCAGGAAAACACCAAAAGAAACCAAGAAAAUUACUCCAAGAGAGCUGAGGAGAGGAAGCAGUCAGGGAACAGAGUCAAGGCAGAGGAGAAGCCAGCCAUUCCCAAGAUGAAGAGGAAGAAAAGUCAUCCUGAGCUGCCACAAGAGGCCAUCAAAAAGCCUCGCAGCGGCCUCGCUGUGCACCUGCUGGAGUCUGUGCAGGUUUUCUAUGCGCUGGGCAACAAGAGGGAUGAGAAAGCUGACCUGUUUUCCUCGCGGGCCCUGGGAAACUCAAGCAACCCUAAAGGCCCCCAGCCACGCCCAGCUACCAAACCAUGGCUGGUUAUGCCCCGGUGA